AUGGGCGCUCAUGCAGGCGUUACGCGACCCCAAGCUCUACUUUUUGUCGUGCAGCAAAUGUCGCUCAUCACGGCUCAGUCCUACAACAACUUCUUGUCCUCCAUUGUUGGCACGCUCGGGUACGCUCGCACCAGGACGCUGCUCCUCACAGCUGCUCCCUACUUGCUCGCCUUCAUCCUGUCGCUGGUGGCCUCCUUCCACGUGGCCCACGUCCCACAGCGCGCCUGGCACAUCGCCUGCACGAUGAUUGCGCUGGUUGGGAACAUGCUAGCCCUACAGCCUCUGCGUGUCCUGGAUAAGAGCGACGCUGCCCCGGCCGUGGAACCAAGCGCGCAGCGUCUCUGGCCAUUGUAA